AUGUUAGAAUAUUCAGCAAAGCGACUGAAGCAAGACUCCUCCAAAGUCUUCAAAAUGGUUCAUGAAACUGGCUACUACGACCUCUUGGGAGUCAGUCCCACUUCUUCGCCAGAUGAAAUCAAGAAAGCCUACAGAAAACUGGCGCUGAAAUAUCACCCGGACAAGAACCCCAAUGAAGGAGAACGAUUUAAGCUAAUCUCCCAGGCUUAUGAAGUACUCUCCGAUCCAAAGAAGAGAGAUCUGUACGACCAGGGCGGCGAGCAGGCGAUAAAAGAGGGCGGCAUGAGCGGAGGGCAGAAUCCCAUGGACAUCUUCAACAUGUUCUUCGGAGGCGGCGGAAGAAUGCAGCGAGAGAGAAGAGGAAAAAAUGUUGUGCACCAGCUCAGUGUGACGUUGGAGGAAUUAUACAGUGGUUCAACACGAAAACUUGCACUUCAGAAGAACGUAAUCUGCAAAAAAUGUGAAGGUUACGGUGGAAAGAAGGGCACUUUGGAGAAAUGCUUGACGUGUAAAGGGCGAGGGGUGCAGGUCCAGAUCCAGCAGAUCGGUCCAGGGAUGGUCCAGCAGAUCCAGAGCAUGUGUUCAGACUGUCAGGGACAAGGGGAGAAGUUCAGCUCCAAGGAUCGAUGCAAAACCUGCAACGGCCGCAAAGUGGAACGAGAAAAGAAGAUCCUGGAGGUCCACAUCGACAAAGGUAUGAAAGACGGUCAGAAAAUCACAUUCAACGGCGAGGGCGACCAGGAGCCAGGACUGGAGGCCGGAGACGUCAUCAUCGUCCUGGACCAGAAGGAACACGGGACUUUCCAACGCCAGGGAGACGACCUGAUCACGAGAAUGCAGAUCAAACUGGUAGAAGCUCUGUGUGGAUUCAGGAAGACCAUCACGACACUGGACAACAGAAUACUGGUCGUUAGCAACGCACCAGGGAAAGUCAUUAAACCCGAUGACGUCAAAUGUAUUCAGAGUGAAGGGAUGCCGCUUUACAGAGAGCCGUUUGAGAAAGGACAACUCUGUGUGCAUUUCCUGGUUGAAUUCCCAGAGAAGGACUGGCUUCCUGAGCACCUCAUGUACCAGCUGGAGAGACUGCUGCCUCCCAGAGACGACGUGAUGCUGACAGACGACAUGGAGGAGGUGGAUCUGUCGGACGUGGACGUUAACGCGCAGCAGAGGAAGACUCAGAGAGAGGCCUACAACGAUGAUGAUGAAGAGGGUCCACGGUCUGGAGUCCAGUGUCAGACCCAGUGA